AGGGCACAGUACGGGGGGACAGAAGGGCACAGUACAGGGGGAGUCAGUAGGGCACAAUACUGGGAUCAGGAGGGCACAAUACUGAGUUUAGGAGGGAACAAUACUGAAAUCAGGAGGGCACAGUAUGGGGGGACAGAAGGGCACAGUACACGGGAAAUCAGGAGGCCACAAUACUGAGAUCAGGAGGGCACAGUACAGGGGAAGUCAGGAGGCCACAAUACUGAGAUCAGGAGGGCACAAUACUGAGAUCAGGAGGGCACAGUACUGGUUCUGGGAUGCUGCCCAGGCCAUCCCGGGACAGCUUAGUAAAAAGAGUGACUGUCCCGGCAAAUCCGGGACA